GCACCAUUGCACUCCAGCCUGGGUAACGAGCGAAACUCCGUCUCAAAAAAAAAAAAAAAAAAAAAAUUCCACACGACAGUGCCUGCCAUUGCUCAAAUAUGCCAUUCUUCCUCAUACCUGCCAGUUUUGAAAGAGCUGUCCUCUCUGCUUAGAACUCUCUCCUCAUCCACCUCUCUUUCUUGGCUAAAUUUCCAUUCUUCCUUCAAGACUUACUUUAAAUAAUUCCUCUUCUGUAAUGUUUUCAUUGGUUCUCACAGGCAGAGAGAAAUGCUUCUUCCCUGGGACACUCGUAGCAUUUACUUUACCAUAGAUACUUCUGUCUGUUUCCUUCAUAAGUUCGUCAAGGAAAGGGACUGUUUAUUCUCCUCUUCCUCUUUGUUUUUGUUAAUUCUCAGCAGUCAGUUCAUUGCCUAGUUCAUAGCAGUUACUUAAUAAGAAUUGAUGGAGGGGUUGGACCUGAUUAGUAAAAUCACCAGAGGAAUAUCUUCUGUAGCACUUUUUUUUUUUUUUUUAAACUUCAUGUACUCAGUUUUAUAGCUCUUUUGGUAGCUAAUCAGGUUCUUUCCCCUAAACAUUAUGUGGGGGUGAGAGGCAACCUUGCAAGGUUAAUAAGCUGAAUGGUUGAAGUACUAGCCUUUAAGACUCAAGUUUCUAUGCCAAGAGCAAGUUUAGUGUUCCGUUCACAGUGCUUAUUAAUACAAUGUCUUGUGUAUAGUAACCACUUAGUGUUAGCUACUGCUGUUAGUUUUAUGCUUGGCUCCACCAGCCAAGAAAGUUGUUUUUAAAAGCUUUAUGUCUGUACUUUGUAGUAUAAAAACAGUAGGAUUUUUUUUCAGAUUUAAAUUAAAAAAUUAUAUUGUGCUAGUGAAGAUAGUUUUUCAAACUACAUAUAGCCACAACUCGCUGUUACUUGGAGCCUCUUAUUCUGGAGGGACAUCUCCUAAUUGAUAACCAUUGCCUGAUAGUACUUUUCUAAAGAUGUUUGACCUUCCUUCUCACUGUGUGAUCUUUCUGUCUCUAGGACCGCCUAUGGCUGCGGUAGCAGUGAGAGAAGGUCUCAGGUGAGAGUCUUAUCCCCUGAUGUUACCUUUUUUUUCUGGGUGCAUUUUAGUUCAAUGUUCACCCUGCCCCACUUCCUGACAUCACUUGAAGAUUUUGUUUUACUUUUUACGUUGCGAUAUCCUAGAAGAAAAAGGCUCUUAUCUUCCUUUUUUAUGUAUGAGAAUAGGAUAUGGUUUGUGACUUAUUUUCAAAAGUAAUAGAAAAUAUUUUUUGAAACUACUUCUCACUUACCUCCUCUGACUGGAUUUAAAUCUUUAUUGAAAGCACUUGCUUUAACAUAGUUUCUCUUUCAAUUUCCCUCUUAUUCUUAGUCUCAUUUUUUGUCUCUGCUUGUUUUUCCAGAAGGUGCACAUUCCUCCUUGUUCAUUUUUAGCAGCUUCCAAAGCUGCUGUUGAUGAUGCCUGACGAUGCUUUGAAGGCAGAAAACCAACAGUGAGAUCAAGAAUUGUAAGAAUUCAAGUGUAUAAAGAAAGGUUGCUGCUCAAUUCAAGUGUAUAGAGGCGUUUAAGAUGAUCCGGGAAGUUGGUGUGGGAGAAAAAGGUGGGGGGCACUCAUCCUAUCACAUAGCAAGAUUUAUGCAAACACUGCAUUUAAAAAAAAAAAAAAAAAAAGACAAAGAGAACAAUAGUGGAAUAGAAUAGAGAACCUAUAGUUAUAUCCACAUACAUAGGAAAAAGAGGGAUAUGGCAGAGAUUGCAUUGCAGAUCAAUGGCGAAAAGGAUAGAUUUUCCCCAUGUAGAUAAUCCGUUUUCCAGAACUAUUUCUCGAACAGAAAAUGGAAAAUGGAUUAUCUACAUGGGAAAAAAACGAGUUGGAUUCUUACUUCUCAUCAGAUUCAAGAAUCAAUUUGCAGAUGGAUUGAGGACUUAAAUAUGAGGGGGCAAAACUCUUAAACAUUUCUAAGAAAAUAUGUACAAUUUUAUUUACAAUCCUGGGAUAGGACACAAUUUUUGUAAAUUAAAGUACAGACUAUAAAAGAAAAUGUGGAUGAAUUUAACCUUACUAAAUUUAAGGACUUCUGUUCAUCAACAAACACCUUAAAGAAAGUAAACAGAUGAGCCGGGUUUGAUGGCUGAUGCCUGUAAUCCCAGCACUUUGGGAGGCGAAGGCGGGCAGAGGCAGGAGAAUCUCUUGAACCCGGGAGGCGGAGGUUGCAGUGAGCUGAGGUAGCAUGAUUGCACUCCAGCCUAGGCAACAAGAGCGAAUCAGCAUCUCAAAAACAAACAAACAGAAAUAAACAGAUGAACCACAGAGUGGAAGAAGUUAUUUAUAACUUAUCAACAAAGGAUUAAUAACCAGAAUACUUACCUUUCCUACACUUAAAAAGAUUUACUGCUUUUCUUUGUGACUUAAUGUCUAUAGCCACUCAUUGUUAGAUUUAUCUUAGGAUCCCAAGCUCUACCUGAAGUUGAUUGAUCUGCAAAUUUAGUGUUAAAGUGAAUUAUUAGGAAGUUUUCUGUACUAGGCCUCCAUUAAAUCAGUUUGUCAUCUAUAAAAUCCACUUGGACACAAAAUUUGAUGAAUCAAGCCACUUCUUUUAGGGAACCCAAUAGAAAAGAUAUGCCUUUCUAGUACCUUGUUGUUUUUAUACUAUUCAAUAAUAUUUUCCUAACAAUAUUUCUCUAAUAAUUCAAAUUCACAUAUUUCUUGCAUUGAACUAUGGUUAAUAAUAAAGGAGAAAUUCUGUUAACAUCUAAAAGUGAUAGAAAUAUUAGUUGCAGCCACAUGUUUAGAUUUUAGUUUUUAGUGUAUAGUACUUACUAGCUAUCUGUUUCUCAGAAAAUUCCUAUUUUCUGUUUUGAGAAAGAAUGGAACUCUAGACUUUCACAUGCAAUAAUUGUGUUUUUAACAAAUCAGUUGACUUUUCUGGUGCAUUUAAGGAUGCUUUUUCCUUUCAUCUCCAUUAGUUGUAAUCAACUUGUAGCAAGAGAAAAAGACCAACGUUUUUCUUUGUGUUUUGUUCUUGUGGAAACAAAAGUUAAGUUUUUACCACCUGUUAAAAGAGUAAACAUUACCUCCUCAGUUUCAGACCUAAUCAUAUUUUGUGAAAAUGAAUCACUGACACUGAUGGCCUGGUGCCAUUGUAGCAGUUGGUGCAAUACCUACUGUCACAGGAUUUUGACUCCUUGAAGGCAGGAGCCAGGUCUUUUAUAUUUGUCAGUAACAGGUUCAUACUCCUGUUUUUGUUAGCAUUUUGGCAAUAAAAUAUGUGAAUUAGAAUUAUCAUAAUAGAGGUGGUUAUCUAAUAAUAAAUGAAUGAUAUAGAAAGUUACCAGAGAGUUUAAAAGCUUCAUAGAGAUCAGUGAUUAUAAUACUUUAGAUAGGAAUUGCAGAAAAGUAUUUUGUAAAAUUGCAUUGCGAGAUAAUCCGCUUUGUGAUUGAGGGAGGGCAGGCAAAUGAACUGUGUUCAUGUGUAUUGCACACUCAGUACGAUAUAGUUUUUAUAUAUAAGUCCUGAAAAUAGAUUUGAGCUUUGUUCUGUGGACCAUGGGACCUGUACAGUCAAUAGUGAAUUGUUCAGGAAUUGGGUCCAGAUUAUCCUGAAUUCUUUGUGGUAGAGCCUUUGAAAGGGCUUAGAAAAUAUUCAGGAGGGCUGUUUCAUGACCAGAAGAGACUAGGAGUCUGCUUCUGCAACAGUGCUGGUACUCAAAUAACCCUGACCCAGGAGACUAGCACACUCUUUGAUCUUUAGAUGAUCUUUCUCCAUUUUUACAAAUAAUGACAUUAAAUCUAUUUUUGCUAAUAGUAGAAAGCUGAAUUAUCUGGUUUUGUAAUUUAAGGAGAACUUAAUAUAUAUAUGGGUGCCAUAUUUUGUUAGCACACUUUAGUAAUGCAGUCUCCUUGCUUCUUGCUUUGUUAGUGAUAGUAUUUGCUUUUCAACCUAUGAAUGAGGUUUGUUAGCACCAAACAGGGUGUUGCUUCUUCUCACUUUGCCACUAGUAAAAGAGGUGUGGUUGAUGAUAGCAAUCUAGGCUUUAUCCAAAGUUGAUUUCACAGCUUUCUCAGAUAGCUACCUUCUUUUUCAGCAUACUGUGACAAGGGAGCUAUCCAAAGAGGUGUGAUUCCCACCUCCCUGAGAGGUAAACCAAGCUGUUACAACCCAGGAGACCUGAUAAUUAAAUUUCCAAAUUCAUCUUUGUUUAUAUUUGCCAGUGGAAGUUUCUAAAUUGAAAUGUUUCUACAAAUUAGUUUUGGUACCUGUAACUGAAGGAGCUGGUGCAGCAUAUACAGAUAUGUCUAGCCUGCUAGGUCUGCCUGCUGUAUAUAGAGGGCAAAGUCUAUACAAGACAGUACCAAAGAUGAAUUUUGAUUUCUAAUAUUUUUCAAGUAGCCUGGUUUUUCCCCACCUGAUAGAAGUUGCUACAUCUUUCCAAACAGGUUCUCUAAUGAUCUUGCUUCACCAUGGCUACAAAUAUGGAGGGGCUGGUUCAGCACAGAGUGGGGACCCAGCAGGUGGCUGAGGUAACACGUACACAGACCUCUCGGCCAGAAUCUCCAGGGAUGACCAGCCCCUCCCCACGCAUCCAGAUAAUCUCCACCGACUCUGCUGUAGCCUCACCUCAGCGCAUUCAGGGCUCUGAACCUGCCUCUGGCCCAUUGAGUGUUUUCACCUCUUUGAACAAAGAGAAGAUUGUCACAGACCAGCAGACAGGACAGAAGAUCCAGAUAGUCACCGCAGUGGACGCCUCUGGAUCCCCCAAACAGCAGUUCAUCCUGACCAGCCCAGAUGGAGCUGGAACUGGGAAGGUGAUCCUGGCUUCCCCAGAGACAUCCAGUGCCAAGCAACUCAUAUUCACCACCUCAGACAACCUCGUCCCUGGCAGGAUCCAGAUUGUCACGGAUUCUGCCUCUGUGGAGCGUUUACUGGGGAAGACGGACGUCCAGCGGCCCCAGGUGGUAGAGUACUGUGUGGUCUGUGGUGACAAAGCCUCUGGCCGUCACUAUGGGGCUGUCAGCUGUGAAGGUUGCAAAGGUUUCUUCAAAAGGAGUGUGAGGAAAAAUCUGACCUACAGCUGCCGGAGCAACCAAGACUGCAUCAUCAAUAAACAUCAUCGGAACCGCUGUCAGUUUUGCCGGCUGAAAAAAUGCUUAGAGAUGGGCAUGAAAAUGGAAUCUGUACAGAGUGAACGGAAGCCCUUCGAUGUGCAACGGGAGAAACCAAGCAAUUGUGCUGCUUCAACUGAGAAAAUCUAUAUCCGGAAGGACCUGAGAAGUCCCCUGAUAGCCACUCCCACGUUUGUGGCAGACAAAGAUGGAGCAAGACAAACAGGUCUUCUUGAUCCAGGGAUGCUUGUGAACAUCCAGCAGCCUUUGAUACGUGAGGAUGGUACAGUUCUCCUGGCCACGGAUUCUAAGGCUGAAACAAGCCAGGGAGCUCUGGGCACACUGGCAAAUGUAGUGACCUCCCUUGCCAACCUAAGUGAAUCCUUGAACAACGGUGACACUUCAGAAAUCCAACCAGAGGACCAGUCUGCAAGUGAGAUUACUCGGGCAUUUGAUACCUUAGCUAAAGCACUUAAUACUACAGACAGCUCCUCUUCUCCAAGCCUGGCAGAUGGGAUAGAUACCAGUGGAGGAGGGAGCAUUCAUGUCAUCAGCAGAGACCAGUCGACACCCAUCAUUGAGGUUGAAGGCCCUCUCCUUUCAGACACACACGUCACAUUUAAGCUUACAAUGCCCAGCCCGAUGCCAGAGUACCUCAAUGUGCACUACAUCUGUGAGUCUGCGUCCCGUCUGCUGUUCCUCUCAAUGCACUGGGCUCGGUCAAUCCCAGCCUUUCAGGCACUUGGGCAGGACUGCAACACCAGCCUGGUGCGGGCCUGCUGGAAUGAGCUCUUCACCCUCGGCCUGGCCCAGUGUGCCCAGGUCAUGAGUCUCUCCACCAUCCUAGCCGCUAUCGUCAACCACCUGCAGAACAGCAUCCAGGAAGAUAAACUUUCUGGGGACCGGAUAAAGCAAGUCAUGGAGCACAUCUGGAAGCUGCAAGAGUUCUGUAACAGCAUGGCGAAGCUGGAUAUAGACGGCUAUGAGUAUGCAUACCUUAAAGCUAUAGUUCUCUUUAGCCCCGAUCAUCCAGGUUUGACCAGCACAAGCCAGAUUGAAAAAUUCCAAGAAAAGGCACAGAUGGAGUUGCAGGACUAUGUUCAGAAAACCUACUCGGAAGAUACCUACCGAUUGGCCAGGAUCCUCGUUCGCCUGCCGGCACUCAGGCUGAUGAGCUCCAACAUAACAGAAGAACUUUUUUUUACCGGUCUCAUUGGCAAUGUUUCGAUAGACAGCAUAAUCCCCUACAUCCUCAAGAUGGAGACAGCAGAGUAUAAUGGCCAGAUCACCGGAGCCAGUCUAUAGUGCACACCACACACCUGCCAAGGAGCAAAAGAAUCCUCCCAGGACCGUUCACAUACAAAGAAAAGUAAAGUAGUGGUAUUUUGGUAUGUGCAAAUAUUUCCAUAUGUUAGCCAUUUCCUGUCUGGUUUUUCCUUAUCUGUUAAUCCCAGACAAUAGCAAUUAAGACUAGUAGGAUCCUUUCCUGACAAGAAAUGUUUUAAUGCCUUUUGAUGAAGCAGCAGAUUUUGAAACAAUCUUUUAACUCAAUUUAUAUUUAGAAAUUCUCAAAGGGCAAAAAACAAAGGUUUUCUAACGUCAGAGACUAGUAUUAAAGAAAACUGAAAGAACCUAAGAGAAUAGUAUGUGUGUGUAUAUAUAUAAAAAGUCCUUGGAAUUAUAGAUACUAAUUACCAGGGUAAUAAUAUUAGCACUUUCUAAGCACUUAGCAAUGUGUAAUGUUAGUAACAUCUUGCCUGUGGGCAGGGCAAACGGAAAACUGUGUAUGUCUUUUGCCGAAAUGCUAAUGAUUUCUGUGAAAACUCACUAGGGUACAGGAGACAAUCAUUUAUGUUUAAGAAAAGGCAUCAUUCCUAAUUGUGUGCACAUGUUGUGGUUGAGCUGAAUUCUGUGAAUGGAAACAUGGCUCAUUUGCAUCAUGCAGUAAGUGAGAGUGUGGCGGCACAGUCGGUGGUGACCCAGACCAGAAGCUUCUAGCCACAGAGCGGACAUUUGUCAGGUUCCCUGACCACUUGGUCCUGGUCUCUGAUGCGCAUCUACAGAUCCCUCUAGAACCUGGGGUUCUCCUUUGAUGACUUAGUUGUCUGAAUUGGAGUACAACUAAUCAGACAUUAACUGCCAAAUGAGAUGUACAAUUCCUCUAGCAAGUGCAAACAUCCCCAAGUCACGUCCAGCGCUCAUGGCAGAUGGAGCCUUCUGACCGAAAAGCACAAGGUUGGCAUUUUGAGCCCUUGACAGUACUUCCAAUACAAUUGGGGGUGCCUGUGUGUUUGUCCAGAUGGAGGAGCGUGGCCUUGGAGUGUGAGGGUUACCUUCCCAGGACUUUUCUACUCCAAAUGCCCCCUUGAAAAGGACUCAUGUUUAUGCAGUUCUGUCAGAACUGUGAGGCUGGAGUGGGGCUGGGCAGGAGCUUCCUGUGCCACCUAGCCAGAGUGGCCGGAGCCUGGUAAAACUGGAUGGAAGGUUUCAGGAUAGUUUUUCCUGUUGACCUUAAUACCAGAGAUUUUAAAAAUGUGUGCAGACUCAGCAUCUCUGUUGGCAAGUCUGUUAAUAUUAGCACACCAUGCACUUUGGUUCCCCCAGGUGUGUGCCAGCCGACCACCCCAGAGCAUUUUAAAUGCAGGCUGCCUGCUCCUUAAAAACAACCCACUAUUCCCAUUCCCAAGGCGAUAGUCUUUUUCCUCAUAAAUUAUAGCAAUCAGAGUUUACAGCAAGAACAGAGUAUGCUGAUAAGAAAGUUAUGUCUAACUUUCAACACCCAUAAAUUCUCAUGGAUGUGAAUAAAUAGCAAGCUCUUCCUGUUUGAGAAACAUGGCAUGUGGAAGACCAGGUCAAGUGUUUUCUCUUUUGAAUAGUCCAGAUUAAGAAAAAGCACCUUGUCGGGUUAAGUUUGCCUGUUGAUUUGUUAAUCAGAUGGUAUCAAAAAAGAUCCCCAAACACUCCCCUGCCUCACAGGUGCUCUGAUCUGGCUCAGGCUGGUGCCACACAUGUGGUUGCACGGGGGUGCAGGCAAUGGAAGCUGUUGCAGGCUCAAGGCAGAACAGAAUGCUUGAUUCCGAAGGGUUAGCAGCACUUUACGCAAGUCACUAUUAGUGGGGUAAGUGGGAACAAUAUCUCCAACUUCUGAAUUCUUUAGAUUUAAUUGUAUCAUUUUCUACUUCUUGCCUUGGCAACAAAUUUUGAGAAUAGUGGGGGUGGCCAUUAUAAACUGAUGGAAAGGAUUUAAUUUUGCCAGCUUAAUUUUUACUUUUCUAACCCUGAUGUGUUUUCAGUUUCAAAAUUAAGACAAAAAAACGGCUGAGAAAAUGGAAUUGCGGCAGGUUUGUUUCAUCUCUGCUUUACACAGAUUGUUGCCCGCCUUCUGUCCUUUUGAUUCUUGAGUGUGAGCAUGAGGGCCAUGUUGCAGUUCUUGGGAAUAUACACAUAACAGCUUUCAGAUCCCAGUUCUUGGUGUUGGUAUAAAGGUCUCCACCAGCCCCUCUUCUCAUUUCCAGGUCACUCAGUGGCAGCCAGUAGGCCAUUUAGACUCAGGUGGAUAAAGAAGUCUUGGGCUCUGGUGAAACAGCCUUGCAGAAAAUGUGAUUUUGCUUGGGAAGGUGCUGAUUCUAACCUGGUCUUGCUCGUUAAGUCCCUUUGCUGGUGAUGGCUGGUUUUGGGUUUUGAACACUACUUUGUCAGUUUCUCAGAUCCUCUUGGCCUUAGAUUGAAGUGGCCUUUUCUUUAAGGAUCAUGUCCACAUAAGCUGAAUUCUUGGUGCUUGAACUCAUUUCAAGCCUUUGACUGCAGGUCCAUUUCAGCUCCUGUCAGGUUUGUUAAGGAAAGUUAGCCCAAAGUCAAGAAUUAAAGAGAUCCCAAACCAAAUAUUUGAGCUCCAUCUUUCACAGUGCUUACAACCGUUGUUAGCAGUUUGUGAAACUCUGGGUUUCAUGAAGUGAGACGUGUCCUCUGGCUGCUGAACUCCACAGCACCACAUCAUGCUUCCUCUUCUACUGGCCUGGCCGCUCUCCCUUAGUGAGGAGAAGCAGCUGGCUCAGAGAGGUGGAACAGACACAUGCUGUCAUCUCUUAGUUAAGUGGGCUCUUUUCCAGAAGUAUCUCAGGUAAUGUUGGGUUAAGACAGAUAAAUGUUGAAAUUGGUGGAGAUCAUUACACAUUAACAUAAAAGGACAGGAAGAGAUUUUUUUGAAAGACCAAAUUAGUUGAGCAAGUAAUACUUUUCAAGUUACUCCUGGAAGGUGUUUUUAAGGAAGUAUGUUACCUACCAUACUCUCCAAAUUUGACAUUUCUGUGUGUGUGUGUCCUGCAGGGUUCCAUUAUUUGUCUAACCCUUGCCAUAAGGCUGUUGUAUGAGGUUCUUUUGCUGUUCUGGGCUUUAAUUUCAGGUGUCGUCACUUGUAAGAUGUGUUGUGUAACUGCCCUCAAAAGAGGGACUGAUUUUUAGCUUGUCAUUGUCAGUAUUGAAUGUGGACUCUUCUGAGGCAAUUAGGACACUAAGCCUGGUGGAACCAUGGAUGCCUUGGGCUCCCUAAUCUCAUGGCAGUAUUCACGCUACAUACAUACUUGGCUGUCUUGUCUGGGGGAUAGUUAUGGCAAGGAGCAAAAAAUUCUAAGGACUCUAGCUGUUUCUAGGGCUUUUACUCUCAUAGUCCUUUAAGGACAUUUCCUGCAGAGCAGUCUUGUCACAGCCCUCCCUCUGCAGGGCUUCCAGCCCCUGGCUGCAGUCAGCAGUUCAUACCACAUCUGUGCAUCCAUGUUCUGAGACCUGAUGUCAUUGGAGUCCAGAAGUUUGUUGCAACUUUCCAGUGUAAAUGACUUUACAUGCAAUGGGGUCAUAGGUAACAUUUGCUUCUCUAAGUCCAGAUCAUGGAAAGUCUCAUCAUCUGACAGCCAGUCUUCUCCCAGAGAGGGUGGUGCCCAUUGGGCCCUGGGAAUGCCUCAGCCAGCAAAGCAGAUGCCCCAUGUGCUUCCUUUUUCCAGCUUCCAUUCUCUUGGUUAUGCGGCUCUUUGAAAAUGUCUUAACUUUGAUGUAAAUUUUAAAAGCCAACCCUUCAUUGAGACAGGGUUGGUUUGGGUCUUUUGUACGCAGGGUGUGGACCUCCUCAUUGUGUGCCUCCCGCCAGCGUGCACUUCACAUGUCCAGCCCUGGGUCCCUUCAGCAGCAUUGUGCGUGUACAGGUUACUAGGCUGCAAGACUGAAUGAAUGUACAUGUGUUUAUAUCCCCUCUAUAUGUACAGUGUAUAUAGUGUGUGUAUGUGUACAUAGAUGUAUAUUAUGUAUACAGACAUGUAUCCAAACUUUCCUUAUGUUUUAAAGAGAGUUUUUGAUAAAGUUGCUAACGUAAACUGAUGUGGGUGUUGCAAGGUCCCUCAGCAGGGAAGAUUUGCUGGUGAUUUCUUCACUCCAUUUUCCUUUGGGUGAGCGUGCCUGGGAAGGGCCAUGACGUCAGAAUUUCCAUUCUGCACAAGGAAUAAUUCCAGGCAGAAAACGUUCUGACAGGGUGACAUUUCUUUAUGUUUUUAGGUUCAGACAAGAGCCAGGAAGUUGGAAGACAGUUUAUCUUAAUAUCUAAAACUAAAUAGGAAUUUUUUUGUGCACCUAUUCAUGGCCUACCUGGAAGGAACUUGGCAGUUGAGUUGAGCCAUCAGCCUUCCCAGCUACUCAGCUCUAUUGAGCAGCCCAGAGACAGGCAUUAUGGUCAAAGAUUCAGAACGCUCUGUGUAAGUGAGGCCUGACUCCCAAAGAUGGUAGCAAUGUUCCAGGCUUGCUCUGUGCUCAGUCAGCAAGAUUUUGGGUACUGUCCUGUGAGUAAACAAAUAGAAAUUCCCAUCUAUCUAUCGCCAAUUAAAAAUAACCUACCAAGUAUUCUUUAAAAUUAAGCAUGGACAUUGAUGGCUAACCUUUGUGCCAUAUAAGCUACAAAUCGCAAGUUACUUCUCUAACUGUAAGCAUGUGAAUGAAAUCCACAGACUUAAUUCCUUUCUGUAAAUUAUGAUUUUAAAUUUUCAGAUAAAAAUUACAUUUUAAUAUGGGUAUGUGUGUCCUUAAAGCUACAGAUACCAAAUUUUCCUUGUCCAGGUCUAUUCUGAUGAAUUUUACCCCUUAAUCUGGCCUUAAACUGAGACUUGGUGAGACUCAGCCCUAGAGAGCCAGGGCCCGGCCCAGCAGUAGUGCUCAUGGACCUGGGAAGCAGGGGCCUGCUGGAAGGAAUCACUGGAUCACUGCAAAAACUCACAUAAUCCACAGGUUGCUCUUUUUCUUUUAAAAAUAAGUUAUUGAAAUGUGUUAAACACACUUUAUGAGACCAUAGUACUCAGUGCCUUUUGUGAGACAGUGGGUUAUUUAGCCUUCAGCUUCCCUGUUUUUGAUGUAGAGAAAGCUUCUGCUACUUCAUUGGCCUCAUCCCACAAGAUUGUACGACCUUUCCCUGUCAUAGCCUGUCGUGACAAUCACACUAUUGGAAGUGGCUUUCUACUUAAAAUGAAAAUAGAAGCGUCACAGUCUCUAAAUGAAUUGAAAUAAAAAAUUUCCUUUGGGGCUAUUUAUCUUAACAGCAAUCUAAAACCAAAAUGUGAGCUUAAAAAAGGUAUCUUUGCGGGGGAGAAAAACGUCAUAUAUUUUUAAUGCCCAGCUAUACUUUCAGUUAAGAAGCCAAUAAUUUUGGUGUCUUGGUAUUUGUACAUGCAACAUAGAAAAAAAUGCUCAACAUUUAUUGAUUGAUAGACUGUUAAAGUUUAGUGUUUGGAUAACAUUUGGAAGUAGUAGACUUUACAUUAAAAAAAUGGCUUUUCUUUAGGAAAGUAUAAUCAAUUAUUUUAACAACCAUAGCAUUCAUGGACUCAAAUGCUGCUGCCACACACAACUCAAGUGCUGGAAUAUUUUUCUACAGUCUCUCUGUUCUACAGAUUAUCUUGUAAACCAGUGUUCAACUAGUUUUAUAACUGAAAAGCUGCACAUUUUUCACAGUACAAGCUGUAGUUUUUACUUGUAGUUUGGACUUCUCUGUUAGAAUGUAACUGCAUUACCAGCCCUUUUAAAGGCAUCUAUCAAAGGAAAAUUUGGGUGUUAGAUUUUCUUGGGACCGUUUCUGUAACCUCUGCCCUUCACAAUAUAAAAAAUAUUGGUUAUGCCAUUACAUUUUAAUGCCAGGUUUAAAACCUGUUGAGAGCUGCAGCUUUAUACAGCUUUCUUCUCCCUGUGAAAUCACUUUGUUUAUGUGAUGGCAUUUAAAAAAUAGCAUGUUGUUUUUAAACUGAAUUUUAUAUCUAAUCAAUGUCUUCAGUCUUGAAGAAGAAUUUGCAUUGUUGUGUUUGUAUAUAGAGUAUUGCAGUGCAUGAAUUAGCUUUAUGCAUUUUAUUAAAUGCUGUUUCAAUGUGGCAUUAUUGUUGUGGCUUAAUACUACUACCUAAAUGAGGUUUAUACUAUUAAAAGUGAAUUAAAGACUAA